GGUAGAUUGUGAAAGUGAAACUGAGUGAGGCAGGAUGUUCUCCUUUCGAUAAAUCUCGUAUCAACAUUUUGUUAAUAUCAAAUAAUUAUAGAAAUAAUUUAUUCAGAAACUCAUGUGAACACCGCAAUUAAUGCUCAGCUGAAGAGAUGAAGUUCAUUUGUUUGACCUUGCUGAUUAUUAGUGGAAUUACAGAUUCAGUAUCAGAGCAGUAUAAAGUCGUGGGAUCUGCAGAUCCUGUUCUUACUGUAGCUGGUGAAGAUGUGAUUCUGCCCUGUUCAGUCAAACCCAACAUCAGUGUUGUGGACAUGAGAGUGGAGUGGUUUAGAUCUGAUCAGAAAGACUCACAACUAGUUCAUCUUUAUCAGGAUCAUGAAGACAGAAACACAGAUCAGAUUCAAUCCUACAGAGAGAGAACAAAACUGAAUCAUCAAGAACUACAGAGAGGAGAUGCAUCACUCACACUCUCAUCAGUCCGAGUCUCUGAUGAAGGACUUUAUAAGUGUUUUAUUGAGUCCAAAUCCUGGUCUGAUGAUACCACUGUUGAAGUCAGAGUUGAAGCUGUAGGACGUCCUCCAGUGAUCACUGUAGAUGGGUUUGAUCAUUCAGGAGGGCUUCAUCUUCAGUGUGAAUCUGAAGGCUGGAACCCUGAACCUGAUCUUGAGUGGCUGGACAGUGAAGGAGUCAGUUUAAGUUCAGAAACUACAGAGACACACAGAAACACAGAGGGAUUCAGUGUGAAACACACCACUACUGUACAUCACAGGGACGACAAGAUUCACUGCAGAGUCAAACUGAGACAUCACAUGCUGGAGGCACUGAUUAUCAGCUCAAGUAAUAUGUUUAGUUCUUGGAGGACAUCAGUCAUCAUGAUUUCAGUUGCUGUUGUGCUCAGUGUGAUUGUUGGAAUACUGAUAGCUGUGUUUGCUCGUAAAAACAGAGAUCACGAUCGACUGCAGAAUGAGAAGAGCAGACUACAGAAUGAGAAGAGAAGACUACAACAUGAUCACGAUCGACUACAGAAUGAGAAGAGAAGACUACAACAUGAUCACGAUCGACUACAGAAUGAGAAGAGCAGACUACAGAAUGAGAAGAGAACACUACAGAUUGAGAAGACAAGACUACAACAUGAACGUGAUCAACAUUUACAACUUCUGAAGACAAUCUUACCUAAAGCUCUCACACAUUUAAGAACACACAAGGUGAAUGUGAUUCUGGAUGCUGAUACGGCUCAUCCUCGUCUCACCGUGUCUGAUGAUGGGAAACAAGUGAGAGAUGGAAAGAGUCAAACAGAAAGACUGGAUGGAGGAAAAGACAGAUUUGAUGAAUAUCUUGGUGUUCUUGGGAAGGAAGGAUUCUCCUCGGGGUGUUUUUACUUUGAGGUGCAGGUGAAGGGACAAACUAGGUGGGAUUUAGGAGUGAGCAGAGAAUCUGUGAACAGGAAGGGGUCGAACGGUCUGUGUCCUGAGGGUGGAUACUGGACUGUGAGUCUGUAUAGUGGGGAGUAUUGGGCUCGUGAGUCUUCACCUGUCUAUCUUUCUCUGAGUGUGAAUCCUCAGAGGGUCGGUGUGUUUGUGGAUUAUGAGAAGGGUCUCGUCUCCUUUUGUGAUGUGGAGUCCAUGUCUCAUAUCCACUCUUUCACUAAUCAGUCUUUUAAUGAGAAACUCUAUCCAUUUGUUAGUUUGGGGUAUUGGAGUAAUGAAGACCCCACUCCACUGAUUAUCUGUGAUGAUUACUAAUGAGAUCAGUGACUGAAUUUACACGAUCCACUGAAAUCAACCAAAAUACAAUUUAAACAGUGUAACAGCAAUAAAUAUUAAAUAUUAUUUGCACUUCCAGUCAAAAAUAUGGUCACACAAGGGUGAUUUUAUGUUUUCUGUGAUCUUAAAAUGUUUUGGUUUUAAGACGUCUGCUUUAAAUGUGUAAAAUUACUUUUUUGUAAAUAAAUAUAAAUAAUGCUUAUAUAUACAUAUGAAUUUCUUUAUGAGACAGAGGCUUUUCUUUAUGAUGAAUAAUGUUUUGAUCUGGAGCAGAUGAUGAAUAAAAGCAUCAUGAAGAGCUCAUCGUGCAGUUAACUGUUUCUCCUUCAACACUGUUUGCUGUCGGUUUAUUAAUGUUUUUAAUUAUAUAUAUAUAUUUUUUUUAGUAAUUUGAUUUCUCAUUGAUUUUGUAUUUCAUUGAAUUACAGUUAAAUUAAAUUAAAGUUUUAAAUGCUCUGUUAUUUUUCUGUUUGAGCUUCUCUGAACAGAACUGAUUUUGAGCACCGAGCUCCUAAAGGGACUGAUACACACAGUAAACCUGGUUCAGUUCA